CAGCUUCCGGUUCCGGUGGGCUGUGGUCACUUGUCUCCAGUGCUACGUGUCCCAAGCAUCCGUGGUGUCGGUGAGCAGCAUCAUGGACCAGGUAAUGCAGUUCGUUGAGCCCAGUCGACAGUUUGUGAAGGAUUCAAUUCGGCUGGUCAAAAGAUGCACCAAACCCGAUAGAAAAGAGUUCCAGAAGAUUGCCAUGGCAACAGCAAUAGGAUUUGCUAUAAUGGGGUUCAUUGGUUUUUUUGUGAAAUUGAUCCAUAUCCCCAUUAAUAACAUCAUUGUGGGUGGCUGAAUACCUUUUUAGAGGAGGGUUUUUCCUCUUGGGGAUUGGUCAUCAAGAGAGGAUUUGAGAAGCUCGUGGAGUAAAAAAAAAUCACCUGCAUAUUUUGUGUUCUUUCAUUUUUCCCCAGAUGUUUUCUAUUUCUAAAUUAAAGUAAUUUCAAAAUAA